AUGAAGGAAGCGCUCAUCACACCCAAUAUCCAAGUUGAAAUCCGCGAGGUGUCGGUCCCUGCUCCCAAGGCAGGGGAGGUCCUUGUCAAGGUCGCUGUGGCUGGUACAAACCCCAAAGAUUGGAAAGUGCCUGCUAUCUACACCAAACAGGCUGUGAACUCAGGCGAUGACUUCGCGGGUGUUGUCGAGGCAGUGGGCGGCGGCGUGUCCGAAUUCAAGCCAGGGGACCGCGUGGCAGCUCUGCACCAGAUCGGAACAGCUGGUGGCUCUUUCGCCGAAUAUGCGAUUGCUCCAAGUUCAACUACUUUCCAUAUCCCGGACGAUAUUAGCUUCGCCGAGGCCGCAACAAUCCCAAUGGCCGGCCUUGUAGCAUCCUUUGGUUUAUACCACGUCCUUGGACUUCCAGCACCGUGGUCACCUGCAAGAGCUCAGAGCAACCCCCUUGUCAUUCAUGGCGCCGGCGGGGCUAUCGGCGCUAUGGCGAUUAAGCUUGCCAAGGCGUCUAACAUCCACCCCAUUAUUGCAACCGCAGGUAAUUCGAGCGACCUGAUUAGUAAGCUUCUCAAUUUCGAGCAAGGCGAUACCCUCGUUGACUAUCGGCAAUCACCUGAGAAGUUGGUGGCUGACAUCCAGUCUGCCAUUGCUAAGUCUGGCAAGGGACCAGCAUGGUAUGGACUUGAUGCCGCUACCAACCAAGACGGUGCUUCUGAGUAUACUGGAAUCCUUAAAGAGGCCCUAGGAACACAGCCUGAACUGGAUGGGAGGAAACCGUUCGUUGCUACCGUUCAAGGUGGAGCCAAGGUCACCGGACCCGUGGAUGGCGAUUACAUUAAUGUAAUGGUGGCACAUACUGGCAGCAAGGAACAGCAGUGUUUUGGGAAUACUCUCAGCCGCUUGUUCACGUAUGGCUUAGCUAAUGGCUGGUUGACGGCGCAUCCCAUCGAGAUUGUAGAGGGAGGCUUACAGGGACUCGGAGAUGCUCUCACGAGGCUUAAGGACGGAAAGGUGUUUGGCAAGAAGUUGGUUGUUGAAGUGGGAAGGCAGUAAAGAGAAAUGAGGUAAAAAUUUCUUUUUCUCUAUUGUAUAGACACACGCCUUGC